UUUCCUUCUACAGCAGCCAUGCCGAAAGUCCGUAAGGUCCGCGGCAAGAAGGUGGCCGAGGCCCCCUUCAAGGCCAAGGGUGGUGCCAAGAAAACCGUAAAUCCUCUCAUUGAGAAGCGCCCCAAGAACUUUAGCAUUGGUGGCGAUGUUCAGCCCAAGAGAGACUUGUCGCGCUUUGUAAAAUGGCCCAAGUACAUCCGCAUGCAGCGGCAGAAGAAGACGCUUUGCCAGCGUCUGAAGGUCCCUCCUGCAGUGGCCCAGUUCACUAACACCGUGGACCGCAACCUUGCUAAGCAAAUUUUCAAGCUUGCAACAAAAUACAGCCCUGAGACCAAGCUGCAGAAGAAGGUUCGUCUUCAGGAGGAGGCGAAGAAGAAGACCGAGGGCAAGGAUGCUGCUCCUGGCAAGAAGCCAGUCGUGUUGAAGUAUGGCAUCAACCAUAUCACACACUUGAUUGAGCAGAAGAAGGCUCAGCUCGUAGUCAUUGCCCACGAUGUUGACCCCAUUGAGAUCGUCGUUUGGCUGCCCGCUCUCUGCCGCAAGAUGGGCAUCCCAUACGUCAUCAUCAAGGGCAAGGCCAGACUCGGCAAGCUUGUUCACAAGAAGACCGCUACCGCUGUUGCCUUCACCGGUGUCAAGACCGAGGACCGAUCGGCUCUCAACAACAUUGUCGAGGCCUCCAAGACCAACUACCUUGACCGCUUCGACGAGAUCCGCAAGCACUGGGGUGGUGGUGUCAUGGGAGCCAAGACCAAUGCUGCCAUGGCUAAGCUUGAGAAAGCCAAGAGAAAGACCCUCCAACAAUAAACACUGUUUUACAACCUAAA